AGAUAUAUAUAUGUAUAUAUAUUGAAAGAAGUAAAAAAACAGAUGAACGUUUCCAAGGCAGCGACAGUUCGAAUCGAUGAGAAACAGAUUGCGCCUAAAUGUCUUCCGGAAUUAAUUGUCGUGAAAUUUUCGUAUUUUUGGAAAUUUUGAUUUGGAAUCAAGCAAAACAGAGAAAUCGACAAAACAAUGAGCAUAGCAACAACAACAGCAGCAGCAGCAAUAACAAUAAAGAAACCAGCAGCAGCAGCAACAGCAACAACAACAGCAACAAGCAACACAAUAAAAAUCACAGUAACCGUAGAAGCAGCAGCAGCAGCAGCAGCAACAGCAACAGCAACAACACAGUGAAAGUGAUAAAGCAGCAGCAGCAACAACAACUGCCCAAAGCAACCCAAAAAAACAAAAACUACAAUAGCAAUAACAAUAGCAGCAACAGCAACAAUCUGCACAUACUGCAAAAGGGUUAAAGUUUGGUCGUUCGAUCUAAAAUAGAUAUUAUCAAAUCAUAGAAAAUUGCUUUAAAUAAACGAUAAAGUUAGAUAACUAAACAAGUUAAAUACAUACGCGAACAAGUGUCUUAUUAAAAAAUAGUUUAAUAAACAAAAAUAAUUAAGCGGCAGCAACAACAUAUAUAACAUCAGAUCCAAACAACAUCAACAAUUUAGUACCUACAGGCCUGACAACGUUAGAUCAUUAUAUACAUACAUAUAGAUAUAUAGCAAUAUACAAAACAAAUAUAUAUACAUAUAAAUAUAUAUAUAUAUAUAUCGAUUGGCAAGCCCCCUCACACAUCGCCCCCCAGCCCCCCGUCUCACAAACAACAACAAAAACAAAAAAAAAAAAAAACACCCACACACACUGUGAUAGUUCUUGAUUCACACUGAAAACGCGAAAAGCGCUGAAAAUUCAUUCAUAAAAGCAUCUACGGACAAGCAUCUAAAAAACACACAAAAAAAAAUAUUAAACUUAAAGACCAAGUGCAAUAAGACGAUUGGCUAAUACAAUUGGAACCGAA